AAACUUUUUUCAGCGCCCAGGGUUUCACAGUGAUGAGAGUGCCUUUAUCGAGAACGAAGAACUUGUUUCUAUUGUUUCCGGCAUGCUUUGCAUUUGCCUUAACAAUGCGCCGUACAGUAUUAAAACACGAUGUAGUAGUCAAUCGUUAUAGUUUAGCAGAGGCUACCCAAACUAGGGAUGCUUUAGCCAAGUGUCUCUACAAUGCUUUAUUCCAUUGGAUUGUUUUGAGGAUUAACCAUUCUCUCUUUCGGAAGGAAUCUGCUACGGCGAACAAAGCAAAUGGACUUUACAUUGGAAUUUUGGAUAUUUUUGGGUUUGAGGAUGUUGGGGGGAAUUGUAAUUCAUUUGAGCAAUUAUGCAUUAAUUAUGCUAAUGAAAGGCUGCAGGCCUAUUUUAAUCAACACAUUUUCCAAUUUGAACAGGAAAUUUAUAUGAAAGAGAAUAUUCGCUGGACACCUAUACAGUACACAGACAACACAGAAUGUGUUGAGAUGUUUUCUAGCAAGCCUUAUGGACUUCUUAGACUUGUGGAUGAGGAGAGUAAUAUUAACAAUGGUACUGAUCAGUCAAUGCUUGAAAAAUUAAAUACCUUCCUAAGAACAAAUGAGUAUUAUGAAGUUCCCCAUAAAAGAGAAGCUGCAUUUAUUAUUGCCCAUUAUGCCGGGAAAGUCAAAUAUCAAAUUUAUGGUUUUCGAGAGAAAAAUAAAGACUUAAUGCGGCAUGAUGUAAUGAACGUUCUUAAAGGAAGUAAAAGCGCUUUUGUUAGGGAAUUGGUUGGGGAAGAUCCUGUAGCUGUUUUUAGAUGGAGUUUGUUGCGCUGUACGGUGCGAGCAAUGUUCGCAUUUCGACAGGCUGGAAGGACAAAAUUAAGAGCAGGUAUUAUUCAAAAACUUGAGUUUGCUAGUUUUCAAGUUUUAAACACUCUUUCAAAUACCCUCUUAAAUAAUUACCCCCCCCCCAGCGAAUGUUGAAAUAUAUAAAGGAGAACAUUCGCUGGACACCUUGAAAAAUUAUACCCUCCCCACAAAUACCCUCCCCAAUACCCCAUCCGCCCAAUGGCCCCCCAAAACUCGAAUGACUCGAAUGAAAGCCUUUACCUCCUAUUACC